CAAGGUCAAAAGGCCCCGGAUAAUUAGCGAUUCGUCAUCGAUAUACUUUGGUCACCUCGUUGGUCUCGCAUUUGGAUUUUGAGAUAACUAACGCCGUUAAAAGACUUCCGUAACGGAUUAGUUCAACAGCUCCAGUUCUUUCGUCCAAUCAAAUCACAGAUGCUCACUCCAAGAAAACGUUACUUUACCUAUAAUCUCGCUGACGUCAGAUCCCACCGUUAGAGCUCACACUUGUAAGCUGUAACACCGUUUCCUGCAUUUUCCACAAGCAAAGGAGGAUAAUAGCUUUGUGUAGAGAGAGAGAGAGAGAGAGAGAGAGAGAGAGAGAAGAAGAAGAAGAAAGAAAGAAUGGGUUUGCUUACGAACAAGAUGGAGAGAGAAGAGAUAAAACCAGGAGAUCAUAUCUACACUUACAGAGCAGUCUUCGCUUAUUCUCACCAUGGAAUCUUUGUCGGUGGGUCCAAAGUUGUUCAUUUCAGACCAGAACACAACCCCAUCCCCAUGGAGUCAUCAUCAUCAUCAUCAAUAUCAAUAUCAUCUUCAUCUGAUGAUAUCUGUUCGAUAUUUCCUGAUUGCGGUUUCAGACAACCAGACAGUGGAGUAGUCCUUUCUUGCUUAGACUGUUUCCUCAAGAACGGCUCACUCUACUGCUUCGAAUAUGGAGUCAGCCCACCGGUUUUUCUCACCAAAGUCCGCGGAGGCACAUGCACAACCGCGCAAUCUGAUCCGACUGAUUCAGUCAUCCACAGGGCAAUGUACCUUCUACAAAACGGAUUUGGCAACUAUGACAUUUUCAGGAACAACUGCGAGGAUUUCGCGCUCUACUGCAAAACCGGUUUGCUAAUAAUGGAUAAGCUCGGUGUAGGGAGAAGUGGUCAAGCUUCUUCAAUCGUUGGUGCUCCUUUGGCUGCAAUUCUCUCUUCUCCUUUCAAAUUGCUGAUUCCAAAUCCAAUUGGUGUAGCAACAGUUACUGCUGGAAUGUAUUGUAUGAGUCGUUAUGCUACUGACAUUGGGGUUAGAAGCGAUGUCAUUAAGGUUUCAGUUGAGGAUUUGGCUCUCAACCUUGACUUGAAGACCAUUGAGCAAGUCGAAGAAGAAGAAGAAGAUUCUGAUACCGACUAUGUUAGGUGACAAAUAUCACUUUGCCUCACACAUCUCUUCUACGAUAUAGAUAGAAAAAAAUCUGUUAAAAUCCUCAGCUUGUUGUGUUUCUUUUUCAAAUGUUGUUUGUGUAUUAGCAAAGAAGACUAAUGAAGUGCAAAUUCUAAAACGUUUGAAAAGAAAAUGUUUUUUUUUUUUU